AUGGCCGACUACAUAGUGCCCUUCGUCAUCAACGGCGAGCAGGUCCAGCCCAAGGACACCUUUGACGUCGUGGCCCCCGGCACGGGCAAGGUGCUGCACAAGUGCGGCAACGCCGACGUCGCCGUCGUCAACCAGGCGGUCGAGGCCGCCGCCGCGGCUGGCAAGGAAUGGGGCCGCACGCUGCCCUCGAAGCGGCGCGACAUCUUCCUCAAGGCUGCCGAGGUGCUCGAGUCGCGCCGUGAGGAGCUGGGCAAGUUCCAGGCCGACGAGACCGGCGCGCCCCCGGGCUGGCCCGAGUUCAACUUGGGCAAUGCCAUCGACAUGCUCAAGGACAUUGCUGGCCGUGUCGCAACCAUCCAGGGCGCCGUGCCCACCACCGCGAGCCCGGAUGUGAGCUCCAUGGUCUGGAAGGAGCCGUAUGGCGUCGUGCUCGCCAUGGCCCCGUGGAACGCCCCCUACAUCCUGGGCAUGCGUGCCGUGAUCCUGCCCAUCGCCGCCGGCUGCACCGUCGUCUUCAAGGGCUCGGAGCUGUCGCCGCGAGUCAUGCACGGCAUCGUCGACGCGCUGCACGAGGCCGGCCUGCCCAAGGGCGUGCUCAACUUCAUCACCUGCGCGCCCUCGAACGCGCCGGUCGUGACCGAGGCGCUCGUCGCCCACUCCGAGGUCAAGAAGAUCAACUUUACCGGCAGCACUGCCGUGGGGCGCAUCAUCGGCAAGCUCGCCGGCCAGCACCUCAAGCCCGUCGUGCUCGAGCUCGGAGGCAAAGCCCCCGCCAUUGUCUGGGAGGAUGCGGACCUGGACAACGCCGCGCUGCAGUGCACGCUCGGCUCGUUCCUGUACUCGGGCCAGAUCUGCAUGAGCACAGAGCGCAUCCUCGUGCACAAGAAGAUCAGCGCCGCGUUCCAGGAGAAGUUCCUCAAGGCAAUCGAGCAGGUGUUUCCUUCGUCGGGCGAGGCCCCGAUCUUGAUCACGGGGCAGGCUGUCGACAAGACCAAGAAGCUGGUCAAGGACGCCACGGACAAGGGCGCCGCCGUGGUGGGCAACGGGUCCAUCGAGACCGAGGAGGCGUCCAAGACGCGGCUGCGGCCGAUCGUGGUGACCAAGGUCACGCCCGAGAUGGACCUGUACAAGACGGAGAGCUUCGGCCCCGCGGUGAGCAUCAUCGAGGUCGAGACGGAGGAGGAGGCGCUGCGGAUCGCCAACGACACCGAGUACGGCCUCAGCUCGGCCGUCUUCACCGAGGACCUGCGCACGGGCUUGCGCUUCGCCAAGGGCAUCGAGGUCGGCGCCGUGCACAUCAACAACAUGACUGUGCACGACGAGUCGGCGCUGCCGCACGGCGGCGUCAAGAGCAGUGGGUACGGCCGGUUCAACGCAUCGUGGGGUCUGGACGAGUGGACGAGGACAAAGACUGUGACUUGGAAGAACUAG